AUGUCCGCCAAAGUGGGCGCAACGGCGCCAUCGCCGUCCAUCCCCAAUCUCUCCAACAAAGCCCUCAACCGACUUGCCUCUACCACCCCUACCUCCAACACAACCAACCACAACACGACGGCUGUAGCGGCAGAAGACGACGACGAGUCAGGAGACAAUGAACCAGACGACGAGGACGCUGGAAUCAUUCGCUGCAUCUGCGGAUUCACUGACGAUGACGGCUUUACUAUUCAGUGCGAAAACUGCUUUGUCUGGCAGCACGCCGUCUGUGUUGGGAUCGGCCACUCCAACGUUCCAGACAAGUAUCUUUGCGAACUCUGUAGUCCGCGGCCCAUGGACAAGAAGAGAGCAGCAGAGAUCCAGCGGAGGCGGAAUGGAGCCAUCGAACGCAAGAGGGAAAAGUCCCCUUCCCGGAGGAAAACCAGUGUGGGCCGGCCGCGGAAACAGUUUGGAUCUGGGAGCGGAGUGUCGGAACCAGGCGUCUCGAACCUCCCCACAUCCUCUUCCUCCAACUCAGUCUCCAAGGAUUACUCCCAGUCAACGACAUCCAAUUCCGGCACCAGUAACGGCAAGACCUCCUCCUCCUCGACUUCUCAACCGGACGCUAAUGGAAAAAAGUCCAAGAAUGGCACCAGCAAUAACACCAACCCCUCUAAGCAGUCGAACCAAGGAUCUCUCAGUCAGAAUUCCAACGCCCAGCCAUCGAAUUCAUCAACAACUUCCUCAGGACACAUUCAUCACCACCACCACCACCCGAAACAAAAAACCUCAGGACUACCGCCCAACAGCAACCCCAGGAUAUCAUCAGUAACCGCCAACGAAGACGAGGAUCUGGAUAUGGAGAGCGAUAGCCAGGACGACGGACCCGAUGCCUACCAAUUCGAGUUUUCGUCUGUUGAGGUGAAUAUUGUCACCUCCAAGGCCGUCCAGGAGCUCUUUCGCCAAGUCAUCACCCAGUUUCGGCAGGCGCAGUCGAGGAAGCGCUCCCUCUCGCUCACAUCGGGAGUCAAACUUCAAGAACUCGUCGCUUCCAACCCCUCGACAAUCAAUGGCACCAAUAGCGCCACCCCGUCCAUACCGGAAAGCCCCGAUCUUUCCUUGACAACACUCGGAACUCAGACACAGCCCUCGCCCCUGUUGUCGACCACCACCGCUGACGCGUCUAAUGUCGUCUCGAUGGAACGGGAAUCUCUGGCUCGACCCCUGAUGAAGACUGUCGUUAAGCAUAUCCUGCAUUCGUCAAAAUCGCCUCAUUCUCCAGCACCCCAGUAUGGUCUUUUUGCCGAGAGCAAUAUUGGCGCCGGACGAUUCAUGAUCGAGUUUAAGGGCGAGGUUUCGCUAAAGUCCACCUACAAGUCCGACCCCAUCAAUCAAUAUUCCAUCCUGGCAACACCAAAGCCGUUCGUCCUCUUUCACCCUCAUCUCAAUCUGGUGGUCGAUGCAAGGCGCAGCGGAAACGAUGCUAGGUUUGUCCGGAGGUCAUGCACACCCAACACCGAGAUCAAGAGCAUUGUCGUCCCUGGCGUUCAGGAUCAGACAGUUCAUCUUGGCCUCUUUGCCAAGGUGCCCAUUGGCAAAGGUCAGGAGAUUACUUUGGAUUGGGACUGGAACAAAGAUCACCUGGCACUCCAGUCCAUCAAAGCGGCUUCGAUCGAAAAGGCCAAGGACGGAUCCUCACGGAAGACGUUCAAGGAGAUUCGCAAGGCCAAGCAUUUGGUCGCGUCUACGCUCUUGGCUCAGACGGACUGCGCCUGCGAAACCAAGGACCCAUGCGUAGUGCACCAGAUGCUCAAGGACGGCGCCCCUGACUCGACUACUCGUGAGCAAGAGUCCUCAAGUUCUGCAGCCAAAGGAAGCAGACCCAAGAAGACGACGCCGCCGGAGAGUUUACGCCAGCGGUACGGCGGUCACCGGGAUCGCUCAGGGAUGGAUGGUCACGACGGCAAGAGAUCAGCGGAUCAGGAUACAAGCGACGACGAAGAGGUAUUUGUCGCUGGAUCUAGUCCUCGCCGCAAGUCGCCCAAAGCCGCCAAAUCCGAAAAUUCAUCCUCCAAGAAGGCACGACACGACUCGCCCUCGUUACAUUCAAGGAGUCACCGCGUCGAUGAUCGUGACUCGGAAUCGGACUCAGACAGCCAUCGUCGCCGCAAACAAACACUCGCCGAACGACAAGGAUCGCCCCUCAAACGGACCAACGUCGCUGCAACUAUCUCCACCUCCAAUCACCAGGAGAUGUCUCCCCGGGAACUCAAGCAGGCGCAGAUUCUGAUCAAGAGGAUGGAGGACAAGGAUGCUGCUCUGGCGGCACAUUCCUCCAAGCAGAAGGGGCUUGAAUCGACCUCCAAGGAUUCAAGCUCUUUGCCACCCAAACGGUCAGGAACUGGAUCUACUCAACCUUCUCGUCCUCGGGACAAGACCAAACUAUCGGUAGAAUCGGACCACAAGCCUGAAUCUAGUCGCCUCAAGACCAGCAACUUUGAAGACGACAACAUCUCCAUUGGAGACAGUGGAAUCGACUCUGACUCGAACAAUGGCUUUUCAAGGCGAGACCCACUCUCUGCUCACAAGCUGCCUCAACCUGGUUUCUUCCAAGGAAAUCGAGACAAGAGCCAGAUGGAGGUUGAUACUAUGUCCCAGUCCCCGGCGACAUCGGAUUCUGAGCGCAAAGAUUCCAGAGGAAGCAAGCGACCAGUGCCUUUCCAAUCCGGCAAAAAGCAACCCUAUGCAGCUGUCUCUCGCGGCAAGCGGAUCGAUCAUUCCAGCCUUAAGGCAGCCAAGGAGCGACCUACUCAUGCAGGAAACGACACCCUGGAUGAUUCUCAUAACUUGUCGGGCUCCAGUUCGGUAGAAGGCGGUUUUGUCAGUAUCGUCGGAAACACCAGCGACGAGGAAGAAGAGGCUAGCCACCGUGCCGACCGCCGACUCUUGCGCGAGCAGAACAUGCCCAAGGAGACUCUACCCGUGGCCUCGCUCAAGCCUUCAGUUCUUCCUUGCAAGAAGGUCUGGAAGAUGAUUUACAUGAAGCAGCGCGCCUUGGCUGAGGAGGAGGCUCGUGAGAAGGCCGAGGAAAUGAGAAAGAAGGCCGAGGAGGUCUUUGAUCUCAAGAUGGAGGAGGAAGAUGAUACCCUGUCCGGCAUGGGUGCUCCCGCACCAGCACCCAAUGUGGCGUCUGUUGAGACGGUGGUUGCUACUGCUCUUCCCUCAGAAGCAGAGCCCAUGGAGUCCAUCAAAGCUUCACCUCCUGCUGAGCAAACGUCCUUAGUAGUAGCUGGAGAUGUGCUCAACCUGUUCCACGAGGAUGUCCGACCAGAAACGACGCUUUCAUCAUCUGGGCCAACUUCAAGUCAACGUGAGGCGAACAAUGCACAGCGGAACGGAUCCAAGUCACCUUUUCGAUCCACUGUUUCUGAGGAGCCUUUCGUUGUUGUACCUCCCGCACCUGUCCAAGAGUCGAACGUCGUCCCUACAGAGCCUAGCCCCGAGAAGCCUGCCAAAGCCAUCCAAAAGCUCAGCCUCGAGUCCUACCAUGCCCGGCGACUUGCAUCAACCUCUCCUGGUCUCUCGGAUGACACCAAGGUAGCGACGACCGCCGCAGCAGAGGUCACCGUCACUGUACUGGAUACUGCACCUGUCGCUCCUGAAAGCAUUGAUGUCGAGAUGAAGGAGCCAGGCACACUGGCCGCUGAGGUAGCUGCCGAUGCCUCUCAAGGCGGUAGUGAGUCUGCAGCAGAUGCACCCACUGUCAAGGCAGAGCUCACUCCCUCCAUUCCCAAGGUCAAGCUGUCUCUUCAGGAAUACCAGAAGCAGCGUUUGGGCGUUUCUCAACGCAUUGUGAAUAACGUGGCUUCUGACGGAUCUGCCUUGAUAAAUCCCGAGGAUCAGGAUGCCAACACGAGCAGUAAGGAUUCCCUGGGUCGCGACAACAACCAAGCACUUCAAGGUUCUGCCGACUCUGUCGACGUAGAAAUGGCCGAGCAGCCUCGGCCACAGGAGGAAGUGAGCAGCCCUACAGGGUCGGCGGAGCAAAGCCAACGUGAUCGCUCUGACUACUUUGAGGUUGGAACCAGCUUGUCAACGCCCAGGAUCAGCCUUUCCACCAAGGCUAUUCAGUCUUCAGGCGAUUACUUCCCAGUCCAGCCAUUCAGCCCCAUCUCGCUCUCUGCAGGGCCUACGCCCUUUUCCAAGAUGACAUUAACAUCGUCGCCUCCACACACACCAUCCAACUCUGAUGGUCCUUACACCUCAGGACAAGGACAAGGGGCCGCCAUCUCGCCAGGAAGGUCCCCGGUGGCUCACCGGCCCAUGGUCUCUCCCGGUUCUAGAGAAAUGCAGGAGCGUUUGAGUCCUGGGAACAGACACGGAUCACCCCCGCCCCAAGGCCUGGGUUCUCCUGGAUGGAGGACGCCGCGAGGUCAACGAGGGGGGUCCCCUCCAGGUUCGAGCUCAGGAAUCGGAGGCGGCAGUAAUUACCGCAAUGGCUCGAAUGUGGACGUCAGGAACAUGGACCCUAGACCGAGCAGUGGUGAAGGGCGUCUUACUUCCCCUCGCUUCCAUGGGUCGCCUUCGGAUCGACCAGAGAGACCAUUGGGAGGAUCACUCGGCUCGCCCACAAGAGAACGACAGCAGUCGUUGACAUCUGGUACUCUCCCUCUCCCCAAUGCGACUUUUGAAGGAGGUCAUUUUGGCUACAAUGACGAGUCACCGUCGUCGUUUAAGCGAUCUGGACCAUUGUCGUCACCCACAGGGCCAACAGCUCUUGGGCCCCGCGAGUAUUACAAGUCGGAUGAGCGUUUGCGCCAUAGGUCGAUGAACGGGGACGAUUGGACAGGUUAUGGAGGAAUGGAGUCGAUUAACUAUGGCGGCUACCGAGGCGGUCCGCGCGGAGGCCUCCCACCACCGCCCCGCGAUAGGGAGCGAGAGAGGGAACGCGACCGAGACCGCGACCAUGACCGGGAUCGUGAACGCGACCAGCGAGAUCGUUACGAACGUAGGGGCGAGUACUUUGCUUCAGGACCACCCAACGGAGGAAGAGGAGGAGUUGGCGGAGGGUCGGCUGGGAACAAUGGUGGCGGGUUCUAUGGCGGCAACCGUGGACCAGCAGGACCAAAUGGACCCGGAGGCAUGACUGGAGGAUACACCAACCGACGACUCAGCGACUAG